AAUAAAUCAUUACCUAAUGUUGAGGAGGCGACGAUAUAUACUUCUCGGUAAGGCCAAGCGCUCGACAGAUUUGUUUAUGUUUUGAGUUUUAGCGACCUUCUUGAUAAUUACAAAAUUUUAACGUAGAUUAAAAAAAAUAAAAAAAUAGUUGCGCAGUUUCAGCCGAAAAAGAAUGUUGAAAAAGAAGGCGGUGCUGCCCAGAAUCCCCCGGAAGAGGGUGAAACCAGUUACGAGAGUGCCCAAGACCAAUCCUAAGCAACAGCGCCACCUCAAGAGACGCUUUAUGACGGCACCAAGACGCGGCCACAACAAAAACCUCGCAGCCCAGAGCCCGCUUCCUCCCAGCCAGCGGGUCUGGCGCAGGACUGCCGUCCGUACGAAGCCCAAGCCGAAGGUUAAGCUGCCGCGGCUGUUCCGCCUGGACCGCCUGACUGGACUGCCUGUGGACUACGAGAAGACCGUGGAGCGGGUGAUGCACUAUGUGAACCCGCACCUCGACCAUCGCCCCAAUCCCGAACAGAUGCUGGAGGAUAUGCUGACCAACAUGUUCGCCGAGGCUGUGCGACAAGGCUGCCGCAACCACCCCCAAGUCUUCAGCCACCUGGGUGCCCACCAGUUGCGAGCGCUGCUGAAGGAUAGCAAGGGCUGCACUUGCCCGAUGGGGAAGUAUCUGAAUAAGAGCGAUAUGAACGCCCAGUCCGAGAAGGACAGGCGCGAAACGAACGAGAGUUUGCAGCACUUUCAUAGUGCCUGCAAACGGGGCCCGCGCUCGCCACACAGUACCCGUCCCACAUACACCAGCAAGUUCAACUUUAACCAGCUGAGGAUCAAGAGCACCUAGGAUAAGACCCCAUUACAUUUUUGUCGGUCAUUGCGCAAUCCACUUUUCCACGGACUGUUUUUAUUUUGCCAAGAAUUCCGUAUCUCCAAUAAAUUACAUUUUUAAUUUUUUAA